CAGAAUGUAUUUCUAGAUAGUGACAAAAUUCACGCAAGUUGCGCCAUCGCUUAGCAUUUUAUCUGAAAGGGUAUUCAAAUAUCAAAAUGUAAGUAACUCGAAAUUUUAUGAUCCCGACUUAAAUUUCUUUCUUUCAAAAUUACAUUACAUUUCAGAAAUCGAUACAAAAUUAUGGAAGAUUGUCCUUCGAUUCGAUAUACCCCAUCGAUGGAAGAAGAAUCAUUAGGGUCUUCAGAAGAGGACUUCAUUGAUACGGAUGAAGAGGAGUUCAGCUGCGAAGAACAAGAGAGCAUUUCCACGUCACACAAGCUUCUGUCUUUCGCUUACAAGAUUUCGAAAGAUAUUUUUAUGCAUUUCCAUAGCAAAACGGAUAACGAAGAUCACUGUGACGUUUACGAAAAUAAAUUCUCCAACACAAUAUCCGGGAGAGAUUUAUAUUACGCGGAUCUCUUGGCCGUGGCUCGACACGGAGAAAAUGCAGAAACUUCGAUAAAAUGUAAAAAAAUUGAAAAAAAUCACAGUCGUUGUGAUUGGCCUUGUUCGGGUAUAAUGAAUCCGGAUCUGGGUUUGGGACCACUUUCCGAAUUAUUCGAACAUUUGGAUAGAAAUCCCAACGCUAGAAUCAUUUCGCCUCCAUCUCAGGAUCAAAAUUACUUGGAAAUUCCUCAACUACAGCAAUAUGAAAAGUCACAAUUAGCGUUGCAAGAUAGUAUAGAUGCUAACAAUUUAUAUUCGGAAUUAAAUAAAAUUGAAAACGACCUGUCUGACAUUUUAGAAAAUUGGACGUCUGAAAAUUUAAGUGAUUCCUUCUCCUCACAUUUUUUAAAUUUUAUAGCUGGACAGUAA